AUGACGAGCACAUGCAGCUUCAGGUCGAUCAUCUGGAAGAUCUGGGCACCGGGCAAGCACAAGAAAUUUCUCUGGUUGCUGCACCGCAAUCGCCUAUGUUGCAACGAUCGGCUACAGAGAAGGGGAUGGCCGAAUGAAUACUUCUGCUCGCUCUGCCUGCACAACCUAGAAAGCUCUGUGCACCCCUUCUGGGACUUCCCGAUGGCACAACGGGUGUGGAGCAUGGCUGCUUCUUGGUCCGGCUGCUCUGCACUUCACCCAAGCAUAUGGAACCCCGGCGCCUCGACUACGGACAAGAUUCAGUGGAUGAUCGCGGCCGCUACGCCAAUAGCCAGGAAGGGCAUCAAAUCCAUGAUCGCGCUCGUCUGCUGGCGCAUAUGGAUGGCACAAAAUGGAGCUGUUUUCAGAGCCCAAGUCCCACACCAGGAGAACAUCAUCAAGGAGUGCCGCAGCGACAUGGAGCAAUGGCGUCUUGCAGGAGCGGCAUGCAUCGAGCACCCCUUUGGGAACGUACCGUGA